AAUCAAACAGUCCACCAAUCAAAAUUUCUGCUUUCAAUUUGUACCCAUCAUGAUUCAAACCCUAAACUAUUUUAUUUCUUCUACAGACGUUUUCCUCAAGGCAUCGACAUCUACUUCGAGAACGUAGGCGGUGCAACGCUGGAUGCUGUUCUUCCCAACAUGAGGGUCCAUGGCCGCAUUUCAGCCUGCGGCAUGAUUUCGCAGUACAAUCUUGAGAAGCCCGAAGGCGUCCGCAACCUGAUCUUCAUCAUCACGAAGCGCAUUCGGUUCGAAGGCUUCAUCCUCUUCGAUCAUAUCGAUAAGUAUGCCGAGUUCUUCGAGUUCACUGUAGCUCAUAUAAAGGAUGGAACAAUCACGUAUGUGGAGGAUGUUGUGGAGGGGCUUGAGAAAGCGCCCAGCGCCUUGGUAGGUCUUUUCUUCGGCCGAAAUGUUGGGAAGCAGUUGGUUGUAGUUGCCAAGGAGUAG